CGAUGCUGAAAAGUGCCAUCUCCCCCGCCAGCGCACCCCCGUCGUCGCUCCAUCGAGUUCACUCGGACUCGGACUUGACGCGCAUAAUCAACCACAAUCCUGUUCUCGACGAGGCCAGGCAAUGGGCCGAUUACCGCCGACAGCGCAUCCUCGAAACUUAUUGCAAUCCUCAACCACCUCUGCUUGAGACUGAAAAAGUUCGCUGCCGACAUGUGAGCGCCAAGCAGAAGCUCCUGCAUUCAAGUGUUGGCAUUGCCAAAGCAACCCAUGGUUGGAUGCUCCCCUAUGCAUGCAGCCUCUGUCAUUCGUCCGGUGCCACAUGUCUUAUCGCGGGCUGUGGCCAUUACUUCCACGGCUCAUGCAUCGUGCGAUGGCUGGGGAGCCACACCAAUUGCCCCAAGUGCGACCGGUUCGUUGACAUGUUUCUUCCGGCUCACCUCACUCUUCACCGCCCGCGCUUCCGCAAAUCCUUCAGCUGCAUCUCGAAAGGUCCAAAUUUCUUCGACACUAACUUUGACGAGCGAUACGAGUCAUCCGAGCGUGUUUUGGGCAAGGGCACGUACGCCAGCGUGCAUUUGGGCCGCGAGAAGACAACCAACACCCCCGUGGCCAUCAAACAUGUUUUGAAGGCUGGUCUCAAGUCCGACAUCGAGAACGUCAAGGCACUCGAAGAGAUUGCCGUGCUGCACGGGCUGCAUCACGACAACAUUGUGAAUCUCCACGCUGCGUUUAGCUCGUCGUUCCAUUACAUCCUCGUCAUGGACCAAGUUGACGGUGGCACCUUGGACGACUGGAUGCAUGCGUAUGUCGACCAAGCCAGCACCAGUGCCGACUUUGGUCCCCGCGGUCCCAAGCGUCCCCUCCCUGAAGCAAUCGUUCGUUGCGUCGUCCGAGACAUCGUGGCCGCGUUGGUAUACCUCCACACGAUUGCUAACGUCAUCCACGGAGACAUCAAGCCAGGCAACAUCCUCCUCGACAGAUCAGCCCAAGUUUGCUUCCCCGUUGCAAAGCUGUGCGACUUUGGCAACGCCGUGCGAAUGCACCCGGGCCUGCCCCUCUCCAACGACGUCAUGUCGGGAAGCUUUGGCUACAUGGCACCAGAGCUCCUAUGCAAGGAGCCGCUGUCGCCGUCGGCGGACAUGUGGUCACUGGGCGUCGUGGCGUAUGAAGCACUCGUCGCGUACUCCCCAUUCUACCCGUACAACAUGUGCACUCAGGAGGAUGCCAUGUACUGCCCUCGAGAUUUCAAACACGUAUCUCCGGCAUGUGUGGACUUUCUGAAAAAGUUGCUGACGCGGGACCCAACGAACCGAAUGACGGCUCUCGAGGCCGCCGCUCACCCGUUCCUUCAAAGCCCACCAUGCAUCUGUGCAUGAUUGCGUCGACGAAGCAAGACGACGAUGGCAUCGAUAUCGCGAUGCCACUUCCCAGCACUGCUUCAAUAUCCUUUGACGCGCUGGCACUACAAUCACAUGUAGCACGAAGCAGUGCGAGUUCUGCGCCGCUUCAAGACUCUCGAACAACGCACGUGGCAUGGGCGCCGUCGCUCUCCCGCCCGUCAAGUGAACAACUUGGGAUGAAGGACAAUUUCAACGGCUUGGUGAAGAAAUUUAAGCCAAUCCAAUGUACUCAUUGUGUAGUAGAGAAUUCUGAUUGGCUGAUCAUUUGUGUUAUGAACCAAUGAGAACGCAUCUUUGUCA